CUCAGCUGGGCUUGUUUUUUUCCUUUUUUUUCCCGGCCUGGUCACGACUAGUGAGAAACGAGGAGGCUGCCUCGGUUGCUGAAGGCUAACGGCAUGCCAGGACGAGCUAAAGGCAGCUAACGUUGACGUCCAGCAUACGGGCUGUCGUGGCAGUUGGGUUUGUAACGAACGUUAACCGGUGGGCAGUUUAUACCAUUUUUAAAGAAAGAAAAAAAGAACGAGCUGCGUAGAAACGGCCAGAUGGUGCGUUAGCUAGCUGCUGUUAUGGUUGUAAAGGUGAACGGUUGUCAUUUAAGGUGACCUUCAGUGAUUGGCAGAUGUGUGACACUGCAGAAAACCAUUUGCCUCUCCCAGUGGAGAUCUGAGUUCUGGUACACCGAGGCAGCCAAGGAGGGGGGUCUCUGAGGAAGAUGCUGGGUUCCGCGCGUGGUGUUGUCGACGAAUGGCUCUCAGAAUUCAAGUCCUUACCAGAAAAGAACAUUCCCAGCUACGCUGGCAGCCUUCAUCUGAAGAAGACCCUGGUGACGGCUCUCUACAGAGUCAUCCAGGACCCCAACAGCGAGCUGCUGGAGCCUGUCUGCCACCAACUGUUCGAGUUGUACCGGAGCUCUGAGGACCGCCUUCGCCGCUUCACCCUGCAGUUCCUGCCUGAGCUGGUGUGGGUAUAUCUGCGCGUCACAGCCAGCAGGGAUCGCCAGAGCAACGGGUGCAUUGAAGCCCUCCUGCUGGGCAUCUAUAACCUGGAGAUCGUUGACAAAGAUGGCAACAGCCGGCUCCUCUCCUUCACAAUCCCUUCGCUGUCCAAACCGUCGAUAUAUCACGAGCCUUCUACCCUCGGGUCCAUGGCAUUGACUGAGGGGGCCCUCUGUCAACAUGACCUGAUCCGAGUGGUAUACAGCGGCCUCCACCCGCAGAGAGAGACCUUCACAGCUCAGAACAGGUUCGAAGUGCUGUGUUUCCUCAUGCUCUGCUACAACUCCGCUGUCGUCUACAUGCCGCUGUCUUCCUAUCAGUCGGUCUGCAGGAUGAGCUCACGGCUGUGUGUAUGCGGCUUCCCCCGGCAGCAGCAGAAGCUCUGGAGGGAACCGUGCAACCGCGUGCUGCUGGACCCCGAGUUUAUGGUUCAGAUGCUGACUGGCGUGUACCACGCCAUAUACAAUGGAGAGUGGGAGAUGGGACGGGAAGCUCUGGAGGAUAUUCUGUACAGAGCCCAGCUGGAGCUCUACUCCCAGCCUCUCUUGCUGGGCAACGCCAUGAAGAGCUCGCUGCCGGACAGCGCUCCGGAUGAGCCGUGUGGGCGCAAAGUGCUCCAGGUGGAGGUGACACCCACCAUCAGCCGCAUCUCCAUCUCGGCCAUCACCACUGCCUCCAUACGCCGCCACCGCUGGAAGAGAGAGGAUUGUUUUGACUACUCAACCGCAGCAGAUUCGAGCCUCAUCGUCAAUCCUCAUAGCCUCGCCCAGCACCACCGCCACAGCCACCACCAACACCACCCUCCCCGGGACCCCACAGCCAAAGAGGAUAGAGAAGGGCGGCCUCACAGCUACCACUACAGCAGCAGCAGCAGCAUCAUUCCCCCCAUCACAUUUGAGGACGCCGACGGGAUGAGCGCCGGGGAAGAUUCUUUCAACGUCAACGACCCGGAUGAGGGUUUCUCCUCCGGGGCGUCCAACAGCAGCCAGCCCAGCGGCACCAAGGCAGGCGGCAGCAUGGGGCCGAGGAGCGGCAGCCUGAACAGCAGCAGCAGCAUCAAGAAAGCAAUCACAGCCAGACUGUCUCGGGAGAAGGAGAGAGAGAGAGAGAGAGAAAGGGAGAAGGAUCGGGAGAAAGCGAGGGAGAGGGAGGCAGAGGUGGAAAAACAGGCGGAUUUGUCAGCUGAUCACCAGGCUGCGGUGAGGAGGCACCACCAGAGGCAGCAGUCGCCCCCAGCCAGCAUCACCUUGGAGGCCAUCCACCUGAGCCCCAUAAAGAAGCACCUGAGCUUCCCCGUGGUGCCCGCGUUGGUGCGGACUGACAGCACCGCCUCCAGCAAGUCCUUUGACUGCAUGAAUCUCAACCUGAACGGAGGCGGCAAUGAACGAGACAAGGAGGGGGGGGCUCCAGGUGGGGGCUCCCACCGCCACUCCACCAUCAGCCUGAAGGAGGAGCACCUGAUCAGGCCAGAGGACGGCGAGGACCUCCAGUCUCCUGUAGCUCCUCUCACCAAGCAGUCCCGCUCCCCCAGUUUCAACAUGCAGAUCAUAUCACAGGUCUAACGCGCAGCGCAGGACGCGGCGCACACACACACACACACACAGUCCUGCAGUUUCUCUCUGCAACUUUCAACAGUCCUGUGUUUCGGUCUACUGUAUUGUGUGUGUGUGUGUGUGUGCUCUCUAGAGCUGUGCUCUCCCCCCUUUUAACAUCCAUUGAACGCCGUGACCUGCAGUCGUUGCUGGUGGGUUCAGCGUUACUGAAAAGAGAGAAGUGCUCUCUGCUAUAGACUCCAGUCCAGCAUGUCACUGCAUCCUCCGUCUGACCGAGCGGUGCAUUCCUCACAGAAAGGUUCCUCAGGAGGAGGUCAGACGUUGAGGGGGAACGCGUGAAGAUGCCACGCUAGCUGUGGGGGAUGUGUGCGUGUAAGUUUCAGAAUCAGUCUAAAUGAAUCUGCAAUAACACUUACCGUCAUGUUUGAGAAGAGUGGGGAUUGUUGUUCUUUCUCUUCAUUCCUUCCCCUUUCAUUCCCGGGCUCACGUGCAAUCGAUUCUGCUGAUUAUCUUCUCGGUCAUUUGUUGUUCUUAAUUCUUAGUGGCACAGAUGGUCUUAAGGUAUUAAAACCCAAAGAAGGUAAAAAUUAGUGUAUGUUUACCUCUUUAAGAGAUUUGGCAAAAAUCCGUCGGACCAAAGUGAUUCUGUGUUUUUCUUUUGCCCCUGACCAUUAUUUUAUCUCUCGAAUCAGACUUGGAAGAUUGUUGUGUAACCAAAUUGAAAUUCGUGAUUUAGGAUGUUACUAGCUCAAAGCCUUUAGCUGGACAAAUGUGAAGAAAUCCCCACUGUGCAGCUACAACAGGAAUGAGUUUGUCAUGUGACCGGAGUUAAUAUUUGAAAGUGAAUCUGGAUUCAACAACACAACGUAGAUGUUGCAGGUUUGGUUUUGAAGCCAAAAGGCAGUGACUGUAUUUUAUAUUGUUGCUACGGUUGAAACCAUUCAAUGGGUCCCUCCAUCUUAAAGCACCCGUUGGUGUGUUCUGUCGCACUCGGGCCUUUUGUGAGUGGCGUCGGGUCUGAGCCAGUGACGUACUGCCCUCCGCAGGCUCCUCUCAGUCGCCGCGGCGAUCCUCUUCACGUCCUGCGCUCUGAUUGGACGCUCAUGAAAAUUAUGUUCUACCUCAUUGUGUGUUCACCCUGCCAUUCGGACACCCGUCUCCCCCAAUCAGACGCCGCAGGAUUCAAAGCCUCCCAUUUGGGUUUGAAGCCGGAGUGCGUGAACAGUUUGGGGGUUUAAACUGGUUUCACACUAGAACUGACAGGCUCAAUCGCACCACGCACUAAACCUAGCUGCAAAACGACAACAUCCGACACCCACCUCGGGAUGAACCGGAUUAUUUGAAUUCUCUAGAAAUGUCUGGCUUCUAUUUUUUUUAUGUAAUGAUUUAUGAAGUGCAAUUGUUUUAUGCUCUUAUGCAUGGAGUUUAAAUCUGCUGUUUUAAUGCUUGCAUCUUUGAACAGUGCUCGCUAGCCUUCUGUUCUGCCCACCACCCGCCCUUUCCUCCUGCCCAGUGGUUUGAACAUGGCGCACUUGCCUGCAUGUUUAGUCCUCUGCAAAGCACAGCUGUUUCAGAUGUGCGAAGCUAACAGCGAGCCAAGCCCAAGUCUCAUCCUCGACUUUGCCAGAUGUGCCAAUACACAUCCUCUCCUAAGUUGUUUAGCUUAGGUGUCUUAAGUCAAAAUGCCUAUUUUCUUUUUCUUUCUGUUUGCGCGUCUUAUUUCAAAGUUAUGGGACAAAAUAAGCAAAAGGGAUGUUUGGACGUACGGCUUGACGUGCUCUUAGAUGCAGCUUCAUCCUUAUUUGCCAUAAAUUCUGUGUGUGUGUGUGUGAGAGACACUUACUAUUUGCCGUAGAAGCAGUAUAUUAUGCGUCCGUGCACUGUAGAUGUCGUAUUGCAUUUCCCAAUGUCUUGCUGGUGUAAAAACCAAGAGUGACUGAUUUAAUGUAUAUAAAAGUCCCACACAGUCGCGCUCCUGCUGUGCUGCAAACCUUCACAGCUGCUGCUCCUGAAUAAGUUCUGUGUGCGCUUCAGCCUUAAACAUUUCAGCCUGAAAAAAUGCCUCCGGCACUUUUGGACUUGCAUGUUCCUCCUCCUCCUUGCUGGACUGGACUGUGGAGGAAGAAGACCGGAGAGCAGCUCACACUCACCUGGCCUCUGCGCUGUUGUCCCCAUGCUGCGUCGCUCACAACCGGCCCUGAUCCCAUUUCCUGUAUUUUGUGGCAGUGCAGUUUUCUUUUCUUUAAGCGGGUGAUGUGUUUGUGUCAUAAAUGUAAGCGCUGCGGACCAAGGUUACCAGCAUCCAUGUCCGCACUCUGCGUGGUUAAUUAUUCCCCGGUGUCUGGUGUCAUUUGCAUGUGAUCAGGGCGGGAAAUAAACACCAGCCGGUAAGUGUUGACACAACUGUGUCUGCUGUUCGUGUGAGUAGACCGAUGGUCCAGAACUCUACAUAAGGUCCAUUUCAUUUCAAAAGGUCUCAAUUAGGCAGUAAAAUGUUGUACUGCCGCCGGUGGACAAAGUUAAUUUCCUGUCCUGCAUGUGAUAACUGUGGGCUUUGAUUUAUGCACUUUAAUCCAUCCACCUCUCUCCUCAAGAUACUUAUUGAAAUAUAAUAUAUAUAUAUAUAUAUAUAUAUAUAUAUAUAUAUAUAUAUAUUAUACGUGUAUUUGUGUGCAAAUGAGUAUACUCAAUGCAGGGUUUAAGUCUCUUUUAAAGUAGUUCUUCUAUGUGAUGUCAAAUUCAACAUAAUGCUAUUUUUGUUAAAGAGUCUAUGGGUACAGCUAUUCAAUCUUUUUUUUUUUUUUUUUUCAAAACCAAAAAUAAUUAUGCGAGGGGGGGUCUGGAAAGAGUUUAUCGAAGAGACUCACGUUAAAUGGCAACACCAAAAUUUCUGUUCUUGAAGUCAGAAUUGAUUCUAUGCAACAUGUUUUCCCCUUUUUAAAAAAAAUCAUUUUUGGUGUUCCCAACUUCUAUUGAUCCGGGACGGGCGAGAUGCAUUAAGCAGUUUUUUUUUUUUUAGUUUUUUUUUAGUCCCAUCGUACGGGGACGCUGCAGAGCGAAGGAACUCUCAUGUGGGUGAAAUAAAAAAAGGAUCGAUCAUUUGCGAUCUGACUGCCCUCGCAGAGAGGAAGCCACAUCGUGAUGUUUGGUGCAUGUGGAGCUCCUCCUGUCAGUUUGCUGCUCUGUAGUUUAAAGACCUUAGUUGGUGUAUGAAAUACAGAUUAUCGAUGAUAAAUCCUAUUUGGUCACUUCGAGGGAAGCCGCUGGACGAUGUGAUAACACUGUACUAUUGAAGAUGUAUAAAUGGAGAGACUUAUUUUAAAUCUUGUAAAUAAAAAAAAUGUACAAAAGUGAAAGCAAGAUACAUAUAAAAACUGCAGAUCAGUCUAAGAUAGAGAAAUUAAUCUGUAUAUUGUUGAAUAAAUAUCGUGCCGUAAGGGA